CUUCUCCAUCUUCCUCUUCGACUCUUGCCACAACACCGAAUUUUAUGUAUGGUGAUCUGCGAUACUCGUCAUUCUUGCCUCCGAAUCCUUAUCCAACUAAAGCAACCGGGGCAAGGCUAAAUUGCCUGGUGAAUGCGACCGUUACAGUUGUCCCAAACUUCGAAGACGAUAGUCAAUUGACAAAUUACGUCUAUGUUUUCGGAGGCUUUCAUAUGUACACUGACGAAGUAUACAAUGAUCUAUACAGACUGAAUGUCUCCGAAAUGAAAUGGGAAGAUAUGAUUUAUUUGAAGGGUAAAAGUCCUUCGAAGCGAAUCAACCAUUCAGCAUCUCUCUGGAAUAAAGAUAAACUUAUUAUUUAUGGAGGAACAGAUGAGGAAGACAUGCAUUGUGACGAUGUGGUCAUUCUAGAUCUAAAGUCAAUGUCAUGGGAGC